AUGAACGCGCAGCUGCUUAAUCCUUUUGCGCGGGAUACACCAGAACGAAUUGAAGGAACGUUAGAAAAUGCAACUGCACAUACGCUAGCAUUUAAUGCUGGUCGAGGUUUAUUCGCUGGGUGCUACCUUGCAGUAGGUCGCACAGAUGGACUGGUAGUUAUUUGGGACAUUGAAACGCGUUCCAUUCUUCGCUGGUUUGGCGGCCAUGCCAAGUGUGUCACAUCAGUAAGCUGGUCCCCUCUAAGCCGUUAUCUGGCCUCGGCCUCCCUGGACUGGUGCGUGCACAUUUGGGAUUUGGCGAAUGGCCCUGCCCAAUGCGUUCGGACCUUGCGAUUUACAGCCCCCGUAUCCCUGGUUCAAUUUUCUCCGGUUUCUAGCCGAUCUCUUGUCGUGGUGCUUGAAAGUCGCGAGGCGUAUCUCAUUCAUUUUCCUACCACGCUUCAAGGCUCUACGUGCGAGCCACAGCGAAUCCCUCUUCAAGGGACGGAUCCUAUUUCUUCCGCAUGCUUUGAUCCAUCUGGGGACUGGAUUUUCAUCGGUACAACGAAAGGAGGUGUAGCUUCAUUUUCGUCAGAUGCCGGCGAGCUUUUUGGAGAAGCCUUCACCGCUGGAUCGUCGAUGAUUCGUCAAAUGACAGUAGAUCGGAGAUCCCAAAAUCUUGGACUUGCAAUGAAUGACAGAACAAUUCGAACGUUUACCAUGUAUCAAGAAAAGCCAAGGACGCCGCCCACAUUUGCGUCCAAGCACAAAUUUCAAGAUAUUGUUGGUCGUACACCAUGGAAUGGCGUUUCGUUCAGCAGCGACUCUGAAUAUGUUAUGGGAGGCGCUUCUCAAGACACAGCGCAUAAUGUCUAUAUCUGGGAUCGCGAUGCGGGUGUCUUGGUGAAAAUUCUUGAAGGGCCCCGUGAGCCUCUGUCCCUGGCAUUAUGGCACCCUUCACGUCCUCAACUGGCAUCUGUAUCAUCGUCUGGUGAUAUCUAUCUGUGGACUACGCAGACUACCGAGAACUGGAGUGCUUAUGCUCCUGGCUUUGAGGAAUUGGAGCGAAAUGUGGAAUAUGAAGAGAGAGAAACUGAAUUCGAUCUUGAUGACCUGGAUCAGAUCGAUCGCCAGCGUCAUGACGACGAGGCUGCUACAGUAAAUCUGUUCGCUAACGGCCCACUGCCUCAAGAGUCGUUGCCCCCCGUCUUGCAAACGGUUGAUCUCCGACGCACAACUUCAACUUUAGCACCGCAACUUAUGACCAGUGAGGCAGCCCAUCUUACAACGUUGGAGGAUGACGACAAUCAAGUAGGAUUUUUCAUUCCACCUCUACUUGAAGAAUACAGGGAUGAAGAAAUUGAACAGGAUACCCCGUCAUAG